AUGUCAUCCACAGACACCCUACCGUCGCAACCACUCUUUUCACAACCACUACUCUACCUCCUGAUCACUCAAGCGCUUUUAACCGUCCUGAUAAUUGGCUACUUCCUGCAUGUUCAAGGUGCUUAUUUUCGGCGGAGUAGAGGCGUGAUUCGCGGGUCAAACAAUGUUCCGGAAAAAUUUGUGCCUGAUGGGGUUGACGUUAGUAAGAGAGCCAAGGAACAGAGUGAUGAGACAACAGGUGCAACAAAUUUGACUUCUGUGGAAGGGGACAUGAGGAGGUUGGAACACAAGAAAGUAGCCCGGAAAAGUGAAGUUAAUGAGAGAAAAGGAGGGGGAGAUCGAAAGGGUGGUAUCGGAAAUGAGAUCCUGGGAGAGUUGGAGAAGAGAAGAGGCUUUAAGAAUCAGAACGGGGAGAACAAUAAUUGGACCUUUCCGGAAAGAAAGUAG